UGUUAUCAGAACAUACAUUUCAAUCAAAUGAAGCUUGAACACUCUUCAGUGCUAACAGCACUUUUGCUUUCUCUUCCUCACAGCACAUUUGAAUUGAGCCAUGGAAUUAGUGUAAAACUUUUUCCAGUACUCACUUUGUCUCAUGUAGCCACAUGUCGAGCCAUCUGGAAUACAUUAUUGCAUCUGUAAAAUAGACUGCAUAUAUUUCAGUCCCAAACAAUUUUUUUUGUUGUUGUUCUGCAGAACAGAGCUUAUUUUUUCCAUUUUUCCUAUUGGACUUCUCCAGAUAUUUCUGGAGGGAAGGCUCAAUUAAAUAAACAGAGUUAUAACAAAGCCUUGAGUUUUACUGAGGCUAGAAGCCUGAAAGAGACAUCUCAUCUGGUAUAUCCACCAUGUAUUUAGGGAAGCCAGCCUUAAGGCUGAAAGCUGCAUUUUGGUUCUUUCUAGCAGGUAGCUCUUCUUAGUUAUACAACUUGCUUAACCUUGUUCUUAAUGAAUACUUUUGUGUUCAGCAUACAGUAUGAUGAACAGCUAUGGUUUCUCAAAUUUUAUUGUGUAGCAGCCACUGCUGGAUAUUCAUUUCAUUAAUCUCUUGGCAUCAUAUUAACACAUCUGAUUGCAAAAGAACCUCAUGGUAUAAAGGAAUUUGAAAUAUUUGGCUGGAGCCACUUUUUAGGUCUCAGGCUAUCACAAAAGACAAUCAGACAGAGCACCCAGAAGCACAACCAUUACAAACAUUUUUGGGAUCAUUGAUAUUUUGAUUAAACAAGAGGAACUUGAGAUUCUUCCAAGGCUUAGAGAAUCAAUGCUAGCUACUAUUGCAAUUAAAUGGAAAGCAUAUUCUGCUACCUUUACUCUUAAUGGAAAAUUCAGGUGGUUCUCAGUACACAAUCUGGUCCCAUAAACUUCCAUAGUAUGACCAGAGUCAGAAACACAGUAGAUUAAUAGGCAUCUUGGUCUUAGAAACAUAAAUCCAAAUUUGCAAAAGUAUUUAAAAUUAUGUACCCACUGGACCUAGCAGAAGCUAGGCAUAUGUUUUGUCAGUGGAGGUCUUCUUAGAAUAACCACUGAGAAACACUAAAAGCUUGCAGAUAAUCUCUCAAUACAUUAUUGAGCUGCAACUUGUCUAUGAAAAGCUUGUGAGCAUUCAGGUGCAUUUUACCAGAGGACUGAGAUUAUACCUUGACCAUGCUACACUUUAAGACAUAGGAUGGUCACCGUUUAAAUGCUUUGAACAUAGAAAACGAAGCAUACAUUGGCUGGUUAUAUACAUGUUUUGAUUCCUGCUCACUGGGAAAAGGAAAAUUUACCUCGGGGGGCGUUGGUUGGUUUGUGUUUGUUUUUUGUUUGUUUGUUUUUUCUUGUUAAUGAGAUGAGUCAGGCACAUAAUGGUACAGUGUACUAGCUAGAUACUGAAUAUUCAAAUAGACCUGUAAGACUUCUGAAACUCCAUCUCACAGCAUACAGGGGAUAUUAGUUUGAAAUGUAACGUGAAAGACUGCCACUUCACUAUAAUUUUAACAGUCCACUGUGGGCUCAUCUGUACAACAAAAUUAGGGAUAAGCAAGCUGUGAAUUUCCACCAUGUUAGAUACUAUGUUGCAAACUUUGUCUUCUGUUCUUAAUCUAAACUUCCAUUUUGCAGGCUUCCACAACGAUCUACCUUUUACGACAUGAACCAGUACUAAAGAGUGUAAUAUACACCCUUUUUUAACUGCAUUUUUAUCAGUCUUUCCAGAACUCGAUCGUCAGAAGAAGUUCAAAGAGUAGAAACCUGAAAUGCUGGUGUUAUUAAGUCAUUAAGAGCUUUGCCGUUGGCGUUUGAAGACAAUUCACUUCUGGGACCUCCGUGUGGGCGUUAUCUUCUUUCCUACAGAAAUCCUUUCAGUGUCAAGGGUCCUUCCUCUCUAACGUACAGCUUUGUUAUCCCGCUCACAGCGUUUGAACCGAAGGCGAAACCACAGCUCUGAGAAGCCCCGCGAACUGCGGAGCCAGCAGGAAAAACGUGAUCUCGCUCAGCCCCCAGCGCCUGCCGCUGCUCGCUUCCUGCAAGAGGCAGCCACCCCCGGCCCCCGCCGCCCAGGCGCCCAGCGUUGCUCCGAGCCCGGUCCCGCGGGCGGCAGCAGCUUCGCAGGGCCCCAAGGCAGGCCCUUUGCUCGCCUCCCCUCCCCUCCCCUCGCCUCGCCUCGCCUCGCCCCCUGAGCCGAGAGCAGCCGCCCGGCCCCGCCCGCCGCCUCACAGCGCCGCUCCAUCGCACCAUGAAGACCCUCCUGAAGUGGCUGCUGGGGCUCCUGGGGGUUGCCGUUGUCAUCACGGUCAUCGCUGUGCCCGUGGCUCUGCUCACCGGCAAAAGUACUGAUUCACGAAGAACAUACACUCUAGAGAAUUACCUGAACAGUGACUAUCAGUACAAAACACAUAAUUUGCAGUGGAUUUCAGGAAAUCAGUAUCUUCACAAAACAGCUAAUGGGGACGUCCGACUUUUCAAUGCUGCUACUGGAACAUCCUCCGUAGUCUUGUCAAAUACAACAUUAGACAAGUACAAGGCAACCACGGUUAUAUUGUCCCCUGACCAAAAGUUUGCUCUUCUGCAGUACAGCUAUACAAAGUUGUGGAGGCAUUCCUACACAGCUUCAUACUACAUCUAUGAUUUCAAUACAAGUUCUAUCUUAGAUGAAACACUACUGCAUAAUAAUACACAAUAUAUUUCCUGGUCUCCUGUUGGUCACAAACUGGCAUAUGUUUGGAAUAAUAAUAUUUAUAUAAAAGCUUCACCAACAGCAGCACCUGUGCAAAUCACUAGCAAUGGAGAAGAAAAUAAAAUUUUCAAUGGAAUACCAGAUUGGGUUUAUGAAGAGGAAAUGUUUGGCACACAUUCUGCUCUGUGGUGGUCUCCAAAUGGCAAUUUUGUGGCAUAUGCAGCAUUUAACGAUACAGAAGUUCCUGUUAUAGAGUAUUCCUUUUAUUCUGAAGACACCUUGCAGUAUCCAAAGACCAUUCGAAUUCCAUAUCCCAAGGCAGGAGCUAAAAAUCCAACAGUGCAAUUCUUCAUAGUGAAUACCCUGGUUCCUGGUUUUGACUCUGCUGAAAUUUCUCCACCUGCAGAAAUAAGAUCAGGGGAUCAUUAUUUGAGCGUUGUAACGUGGGUAACAGAUGAAAGGAUCUGUCUGCAGUGGCUCAGAAGAAUUCAGAAUUUUUCAGUCCUCACAGUCUGUGACUUUGAAAAUACUACUAGAAAUUGGACAUGUCCACAGGAAAAACAACGUACGGAAGAAAGUACAACUGGCUGGAUUGGCAGAUUUCAGCCCUCUGUCCCUUACUUUGCACCCGACAAUACUACCUACUACAAAGUCUUCAGCAAUGCAGGAGGAUACAAGCAUAUCCAUUACAUAAAUGGCUCAGAGGCUCCAGUACCUAUUACUACAGGAAAAUGGGAAGUAAUCAGCAUAGCAGCUGUAACCAAUAACUUUUUAUACUACAUUAGUAAUGAAAACAGUGGGACUCCAGGAGGAAGAAAUCUUUAUAAAGUGCUCUUGGAAAGCAGUCCAAAUCCUGCUAAAUGUGUUAGCUGUGAUCUGAAUCAAGAAAGAUGCCGGUAUUAUUCUGUGUCCUUCAGCAACGAUGCACAGUAUUAUCAGCUAGAUUGUCAUGGUCCUGGCCUGCCCAUGUCUACUCUGCACAGAAGCAGUGAUGACCAAGUCCUCAGGUACUUGGAAAAUAACACAGAACUGGACAAUUCAUUGAAAGAUAUUCAGAUGCCUUCGAAAAAAAUUGACUCCAUUACUGUAGGUGGAUAUAACCUGUGGUAUCAAAUGAUACUGCCUCCCCAUUUUGAUUCAUCAAAGAAGUACCCUCUGCUCCUUGAUGUGUAUGCAGGACCCUGUAGUCAGAAAGUAGAUUAUGCCUUCCGGAUUAACUGGGCUACGUACCUUGCAAGUACAGAGCAGAUCAUUGUAGCAAGCUUUGAUGGCAGAGGAAGUGGAUACCAAGGGGAUGAAAUCAUGCAUGCAAUAAACCGAAAACUGGGAACCUAUGAAGUGGAAGAUCAGAUUUCAGCAGCUAGAAAAUUUUCUGAAAUGAGCUUUGUUGAUAAGGACAGAAUAGCUAUUUGGGGUUGGUCUUAUGGGGGAUAUGUGACCUCCAUGGUGCUUGGCUCUGGAAGCGGCGUGUUCAAGUGUGGAAUAGCGGUUGCCCCUGUGUCACGUUGGCAAUAUUAUGAUUCAAUAUACACGGAGCGAUACAUGGGCCUUCCUAUAGAAAGUGAUAAUCUGAAAAACUAUAAUAGUUCAACAGUAAUGGCCAGAGCUGAAAAAUUCAAGGAAGUUGAGUAUCUCCUUAUUCAUGGAACAGCAGAUGAUAAUGUUCACUUUCAGCAAGCAGCACAGAUAGCCAAAGCUCUUGUGGAUGCUGAAGUGGAUUUUCAGGCAAUGUGGUAUACUGACAAAGACCAUGCCAUCACCGGUCAAGCACAUAAGCAUAUUUAUACUCACAUGAGCCAUUUCAUAAAGCAGUGUUUCUCACUGUCCUAGCACAGGAAUGGGACCAGCAUUUUGGUUGUUAGACAUGGGUUUUCUCCAGAAAACUCUGUAGUUAAUGGACAAUGAGCCAGUAUAAACCUUGGGAUACCUGAAUAUACAAUGAAGUGCUAAUCUUUUAUAAAGAUUUCUGUUGCCAAGCUACUAUUAUUGAUUGCAUUUAAUCAAGUCAUUAACAUCACCAGAAUGUAAGUUGUAGACUUCCAUAAAGCAUGGUACUUUCUUGAAUCAGUACUGUUUGCUUUGAUAUUUCAGUCUAAAAAUGAAAACCAAAAAAAAACAGUUUCUAUAUGGUAUAAUGAAUGGUGAAAAUAACAUCAAAGAUGAAUUGACAUGAUCAUCAGUUGAGGAAUAAAAACAAUGUUUCCCAAAAUAAGAUCCCUGUGAUUAUUUCUGUGAAAAUACAGACAAAACUUUGAACAGAUUUUGCAGAAAUUACCUAAUGUAUGAUCAAUGAUUACUUCAGAAAUAGUACCAUGAAUGCUGCAAUGUUAGUAUUUUCUACGCAGAUGGAAACACUUUGUUAACUGCAGUUCCUUAAGUUAGUAUUUUCUCUGCAAACUCUUAGAUUACAACUGAAGAAAUCUUGCAAGGAAAGCUCGUAAGCAGCUUUCACUAAAGAUUUUAAAUGAAACCAGCAGCACUGAAUUUUUUUUUCCUGCUUUGGUAAACUGUUAUCUGGGAACUCUAGCAGCUCACUGUUGUUUCUUUUCAGGAGAGAAACUGCUUUUUCUUUUUUCCUUUUCUUUUUUUAAUUUCCUAUUUACCAUUGAGCAGGCUACCUUCUUUGCAUUUUAACAUAAAGCACUACUACAUGACCUAACUGUCACUUAAAGCAAGCACUAGACUGUAAGUCUCACAUGAACAUGCUGUUUAGCAAACCUGCUCUUCAUUGCAGCUUACCCGUAAACUCCUGCUUUACCUUCAGCACUCCAGGUAGGCUUCUCCAUCUGAAAAUAAGACUCAUAUUUUCUUAAUUUCACACAGAUCAUAUAACUGGGUUGCAUCUUUUCUAUAAAAUGUGCUGCUUUAAAAUAGUAAGUCAUUAAGUUACAAAAGGAUGUAUAUUCAAUGUCAUUGAAAAUGCUGCUUAAGAAAUAACUCCUAGAAUGUUACAAAAAUACAUUAACUCUAAGACUUAUAGUGAAAUUUCUGGUUUUGCUUAAUGGUAUCAUGAUAUUAGAUAUGAUUAGCAUGUGAUUGCAUGUAUGUAUGUAUCGUGUGUUACUAGUGAUGUAAAUGAUGUGACUGUAAAAGUAGUCAUACAGGCAGAUAAAGAACGGGGAGGUCUGAAUUUCUUUGGUCUGGUACAUCUUCCCCAGCUCCAAGAAUAAUGCAGACAAUGAAUAAGAUGAUAGAGCUACCUCAGGGAACUGACAAAUAUCACUUCAACUUAAAAAUGCAUGAACGCAGGUAAAAUACCUAAAACUGAAGGCCCAGAAGAAGGCCACUUUACUUCAUUAAUAUACGAAGCUCUGCUCUGAGACAACUGGUUGUGGCUGAAGUACUACCACAUGCUAGAGUUAGGCACUUACAUACUAGUUAACAUUUUUUCCUCUUUAUUUUUUCCAGGUAAAAUAGUAAACUUAAGUUCUUUGUACAAUACACUUUGUGUAAAAUAUUAACAGAGGCAGCAGAAGCCUGAAGCGUGAGCUAAAGUUUUCUGGCUGGGAGGCUUCCAUUCUUUGGUUCAAAACUUAGUGAAGCUUAAAGGUGUUCUAAUAAGACAGAGUUAAUAAUUUAAAUAUUUGGGGGUUGGCAAAAGUACUAGGCUUUAAAGCCUACAGGUACAGGUUUUUUUCAGGAGCAGAAAUAAGAAUAAAUAAGGCCCUAAGAAUAGCGGGAGCUCCCACCAUAGGCAGUAGCUGAACAAAUGAUCAACCAUUAGACAAUUUAAAUACUGUUACUUUGAGGAAUUUUAAGCUGUAUGAACUUACCUCGUGAGCUGUUAAAGGACCCAACUACUGCUGCCUGCUCCACAUCAUCUCUCCCAAGAACUAGCGGAACCAACUCAUGACCAGUAAACCAGAAUCUAAUUCCCACUCUCUUCCUGGAACAGGUCAGUUAUAUGCCAUCCCUGAUGGCGCACUUACUGUUUGUUAGAGACAUACCAUGUACACCACCAACAACUACACACAGCUAGCCAAUGCUGGUUGUAGCGCAUGUUUCAAUAAGAUCCCACUUGGAAAUGAAGCAGGACUGAGCUAUACGAUUCAGAUAUUUGUGAGGCAUAUUCAAGCAUCAGGUAGCCAUUUAAAACACUGUACAACAUUGCAUAUUUUGCAGUGUGAAAAUAAAAAUUGAAAAUUAGUUAGGAUAAAUAUUUAUUUUCACGUAACAUUUCUUAAUUGUGAAAAACACAAUAGUCUAUUCACAUGUACACAUAAACUUCUGUAAUAAAUUACAUCCAAGAAAUGAGUAAUUUUGACCAGGAAUAUGAAAUUAGAAGUAAAUAUAGCACUACAUUUAUAUUGUGUGAUUCAGAAUGUUGAGAUUAACAUUGGAAUAGCAUUUAAAUUCACACAAGAGCAGAGUGACUGUUUAAAAAAAACACUCUGGAAUACUGAACAGAAAUACAGAAUGCCAUUGAAUACAGUGAUUUCUUAAUAUUCUAAGAGUUGGUCAAGUGAAACUAAUACAUCUUGAUUGUAUACAUUAUCUGCAACAAAGUCAGCAACAUAUUAAAACACCACCACGCUGCUUUCGGGACGAACCAGUAUUGCACUUCUAUACUAACCUUAAAACAAUUGGAAUAUUAUAAUUUAUUAUCAAGUACACAAAACAAAGCAUUUAACCUUAAUGCGUUGGCAUUUUUUCCUAAAUUUAUAAAUACAAACAUUUAAUUAAAUGUAAAUCCUUCCUUAUGUCCACUACAUGUCUUCCCGCCUCCCCCCCCCCCCCCCCCCCCAAUAGAAAUGGUCUUUAAUGGGCUUUGAUAAUGCCAAGUAAAAUUUAGAACAGUGACCCUACUGGUUUGCAGCAAAACACAGUUAUCAUUUAUGGCUGAAGUAGUAAAACAUACAUACGCACUCACACACACA